AUGAAUUUUAGGUUUGUCGCUGGUGCCGAUGAGAAACAUAAGAGAAAAAGAAAUUGCCACAAGAGAAGAGAUCAAGAAAUUGUAAUAUAUAAAAAUUGCCCAAGUGUUUUAAAAAGUAGUGAAAAAAUAACGGGACAAUCAUACUCAGAUGCCCAAAGACUAAAGAGAAAAGAAAUUGCAGACGCAAGAAGAAAUAACCUUAAAAAAAAAUCACCUUCUCAAGGAGUUUAUAGAAACAAACAGCAAGCAGCAAAUGAUUCAGAAAUAAAAUCUAAACACUUAACUCCUGAACAACGCCGAUAUGAAAAAUUAACGACAAAAAAUAAACCCAGUGAUUUUUCAAAAAUUGCAAAGAAAAUUUAUAAAAAAAGAAGGAAUAAAAAAAGGUUGAAAUCCGAAAGCACCACGACAGGAACAAAAACUGGGAUAGGCACUAGAACUGAUUCCAUAAGGAAUACAACGAAAGAAAAGUCGAAUAAAGAAAAAUUUUACGGACAAAAUUCGAAAAAAAAACGCAACAAAGAGCAACUAUUCGGGGAAAGUGGUAAUAUGAUAAAAACAAGCAAUACAUUCAAAAAAAAUGGAAAAAAUAAAAAUGAGUUGAAAAGCAAUGAGCAAAAGAAGUCAAGCGGAGGAAAAAAGUCAAAGAUAAGGAGGAAAACCUUGCACAAGAACGAUGAAAAUGGCAAAAUUCUGGUCAAAACUACUGAGGAAAAUGUUACUGAGAAGAAGAAAUGUAACUGUGUUUAUGGCAGAGAUUCAGAAAUAGUCAGUGAGUCAUGGAAAAAAAGGGGAAGAAAAGACACUGAGGGUGGCAGUACAACACCACAACAAAGUUCUUUAGUUCACAAAAAGCAACAAGUGGAAGUAAACAAAAAGAUUCUGCAGCAGAGAGAAGGAGGUCAAUCUACUGCGAUAUCAAAAAGUAUCAGUGAGUCAACAAAACAGAAGGAACGGAACGCCAGAAACGAAAGAAAUUCUAAAAAUUAUUUUCCAAAGAAAGAUAUUCAUAAAAGUGAACACAGAAAGUGUAGAUCUUUGUCAACAUUUUUAAAUAAAGGAGGUAAGGAAUGUAAAGAGGGUGAGAGCAUUUCGAAUAAGAUAAACGACCUAAUAGUCAGGGAGGAGAAUACAGCAAAGUUUGCUAACAAUAAGAUGAAACCCAAAGUAAUCGACAGGGACAGGGAUGAUGGAAUAGAUCAGAAGGGCCAACUUUUCGCAGGCAGCAAAAAAACUAGAACAGAAGUAGCAAAUAACCUCGAAAAUAAGACUGAGACGGAGCUUCCGCAAAAAAAGGCUAAGCGAUCGAGCGGGCUAUCUAACCACUACCAGAAAAGUGAAAAGAACAAAGACAUUGCUACUUCAAACAGAGCAAAACCGUCAGAAAAAUCAUUGACACCAUCCUCGUUAUCGUUUUCAAAAUCAGCAACAUCUUCUACGUCAUCUACACCAGUCACAUCACUUUCUACAGAUAUACUAGAACCUACUUUAGGUCCAUUCACCACUGCGUCUUCUACUUCAGAUACUACUUCUGCCAAGUCGUCUAGAACAUUAAAUAACGAUACGUCAAAUAUGGCGUUUACAGAAAAAAGUAAAAUAAUUAGCAGAGAUCAUACUAAGACAGAUAAAGUCAUCAAUAUUACUGCAAAGCAAAAACAUGGAGAUGGAGUAAGGAUAAAACAUGAGAAACAGCAUCGCAGUAAACAAGCAGUUGCUAAAUCAAAUGCCCUACCUACACAUGCUGAAGAAUAUGACGACCGAAAAAUUAUGCACGUUGAAGCAUACAUGCAAAGAAAAGGUAAAGUGUACGAUAUGACAACAUUGCCAAAAAAGUCAAACGUUCAAGUGGACGACCUAAGCAGUAAUAGCAACGAUACCCUCGAAUCAAUUGAUCGAAAAGCAAAACAUAACGAACGAACAGAUUCUACUCUUAAAUGUACUAAACUGUCUCACAUCUUCCCCUUCCAAGAUAAAGAUAACCAAGCGAAAUAUCUUGAGGACCAGCAACAUGCAAGUAGUGGAGAAACAAAUUUUAGGACUGCAAAUAUUAAUAAGUACGAAGUGUCUUGCAAUGAUGAACCAUGUGAAAUUAGGACGAAAAGCAACGAGACUUCAAAUGGUGAAUCAAUGAGAACAGAAGAAUUAGAACAGAAAUCGGACUGCGUAAAUGUAAAUGACGAAAUAACUACAUCUGAGGAAUCAAAAACUCAAAGAAACAAUACUGGAAAAGCACAAGAUCGCACUUUUGUUGAGGGCUUAGUGGAAAUUCGAACACUUCUAGAAAUCUAUGGAAUCGAUGGCGAUAAAAAAGAUGCAUUCGAUAAGUUACUAGACAAUAACAGGACAACGAGUGAUAACGAAAUAUCCAGAAAUCUUAAAAAAGCAGUUGGCGACUUACCCAUGGACGAGAAACUUCUUCAAAAAGUACUCAAGAAAAUGCAACAUAGUGGUUUACUUGAGAAACGUAGACAAAAAAUAUUACGCGAGAAUUUAGUACCACAAGCAGUUAAUGGAAGUGUAACCAUUGCACUGAUCGCUCAAGUCUUGCAACAGCAACGACUCUCCAAGUCCAUCUUGAAUAUGUUCAAAAAAACUCAUAACGCAUCAUGCCCCAAAAAUAAGUCACAGAAUAAUCUUAUUCAUCUUCUACAGUAUUGGUAUUUGACAUUAUUUUUAGAACUAAAAAUUAUUUAA